UCAAGCGGGUCAUAUGCAUGUCAUAUGAUCAAUAUUACGCCCUCGUUGAGGCUUUUUCAUAAAAUUCAUUUAUUGAAUGAGCUAAGACUCGUUUUUAAUAUAUUAUUAUUUAGUAGUGAUUCAAAAUAUUAAAAAUGAGGUACACGCUCGGAUAUACCUUUGUAGGUACAGCUACAGCUACAAUUACAGUUUUGGUGUUAUAUCAUGUACUUACUGGCAAAGGUGAACGUGUCAAUGUUGGCUGGUUUUUGGAGAGCACAUCACCCUAUAUGUGGGGCUCCUUAGGAAUUGGUUUAUCCGUAGCAUUGUCAGUUGUUGGAGCAGCUGUUGGAAUUCAUACCACAGGCACAUCCAUUGUAGGAGGUGGUGUGAAAGCGCCCAGAAUCAAAACAAAAAACUUAAUUUCAGUUAUUUUCUGUGAAGCUGUUGCUAUUUAUGGUUUAAUUACAGCAAUUGUUCUGUCAGGACUGUUAGCGGAAUACACAGACAAAUCUGUUUUUGAAAAAGCAGGAUAUAAAGAAGCAAAUUGGAUGGGUGGUUAUGUUCUUUUUGGAGCUGGUUUGGCUGUUGGUCUUGUGAAUUUAUUCUGCGGUAUCGCUGUUGGUAUUGUUGGAUCUGGAGCAGCUCUUGCUGAUGCUGCCAAUUCUGCACUAUUUGUCAAAAUUCUCAUUGUUGAAAUCUUUGGUUCUGCUAUUGGUCUAUUUGGUUUAAUUGUUGGCAUUUAUAUGACAUCAAAAGUACACAUGGGAGAAGGUGCAAGCUAAAUAUUAAUUUUAACAUUCCUGCUCAGAAGUGAUAUGAUGAAUGAAUGCUAGUUUACAUGUCAACACCACAUAUGUUAUUAAUGGACACCGUACUUUCUUUAAAAUUGUAACAUCUAUAUAUAUGAAAUCAUGAUCGGCUCCCUGGUUUAUUUCUAUCGAUUACUACAGUAUUAUAUUUAUAAUAUGUUCAAUAUCGCACUGUGGUCCAAUUUUAUUUUGACCAAAGGUUUAUAUAAGAAUCCAGGUUUUCUUGAUCAUGUAAAAUGUUGGUCCAUUAUCUUAAAUUAAAAAAAUUAUUAUAUUCAGAAUGAUAUAUAAUCCAUUCAACUUUCUAAAACGAACAAGAAAUCUGCGCCACGUCUGAUAUCUGUGAAUAUGUAUUGUAUUUAAUAUAUAUGUUAAGUGUUUAAAAAUAUAUUUCUAUUUCAUAUACUUGUACCAUAUAAAUUGUUGAAGAAAAGUUGUUUAUUUGUAUUUAUUUGUAAAUAUUGUUAAAGUUAAAUAUAUAAAGAUUGGUUUUAUGGGUUAUAUGUCUAACAUUUAUUUUGUAACAUACAGUUAAGAACACAAUAGAAAAAUCAUUUAAUUAGUUGGAUAUUUUUAGUAUAAGUAUUCCUGUGUAGAUAGCAAGUUGUGACUACAGAAUAAAUAUCUGAUUUUAUCACAAGGUA